ACAUUCUGUCGGAGUGAGACCUCUUAUCUCAGAGGAUCUUUGCCUCCUGGUCGCACUAUUUCUUUUGGACCCAGUUCUGAUACUUUUCAGGCAAAAUGCUGAAUCUGAUCCGGUCUCUGAGGCCAGCUGCCGUCCUGCUCAGAACCGCUUCUACCGCUGCACAGCCUUGUGCGCGCCUCUCUACAGGGCCCCAGCAGGAACACAGAACCUUCUAUGAGUUCCGCACCUACAGCAUCCGCCCGGACCAGAACGCCGCUUUCCUGAAACUGACAAAUGAGAAGAUCCACCUGCGCACCGCUCACUCGGAGCUCAUUGGCUACUGGAGCGUGGAGUACGGCGGCCUCAACCAGGUCUUCCAUAUCUGGAAGUACGAUAGUUACGCCCAACGGGCAGCGGUCCGGGCAGCUCUGGCACAGGACCCCUCCUGGAUCUCUGAGUACAUCUCAAAGGCCUUACCCAUGCUGACAUCUCAGGACAACGAGGUUAUGUACCUGGUACCUUGGAGUUGCCUGCAGAAGCCGCUGCAGGAGGGUGGCGUGUACGAGUUGGUUUCCUUCCAGAUGCGUCCCGGGGGUCCGGCAGUGUGGGGCAGCAGCUUCCAGGCUGCCAUCACCUCCCGUGAUGUACCGGGGUACGGAAGGCUACUGGGGGCGUUCCACAGUGAGUUCGGCCUGCAGAACCGAGUUCAUGCCCUCUGGUGGUACGAGAGCGCUGAUAAGCGAGCUGAAGUUCGACACAAAGCCCACACUGAUGCCAGAGUGGUCGCUGCAGUCAGAAGCAGCGUCGGCAAUCUUGACACUCAGAGGAAUCAGCUGAUGUUCCCAUGUCCAUUCUCCCCAAUGAACUAAGACCUCCCCAUCUCUAUGGAAAAGCAGAUCAGCUGAUGUUUUGCUGUGGAGCACCUGUAAGCUCCGCCUCUUUCCCUGGAUGAGACAGCUGCAAUCCUGAGCUCUUGGGAGUGGGUGGAGCUUAACGUUUGACUUUCUUGAACUGUGACUUUAAAUUUCUGAUGUAAAAUAUCUAAAAACAAUAAACUG